UGUGUGGUGCGACUCAUUCGUGACAGUGUUGUGUGGAGUGCCAGUGAUGGGGUUGCUGCUUCUCUGUGUGCUCACCGCGGCGGCGGCGGUCGAGUUUAACGAUGACACGUACUACGCGAUGCCGCCCCUGUACCUGCAGGACGACUACGAACAGUGCCUGGCGACGCGCGGCACCUACUGCCUCGGAUCCUUUCACCUCAGCGGAUCUGAUCAGAACGAAAUUGCCAAUAUUAUUAAAGCGUACUCCAGCCAAGUCCACCGCUUCAAUCACACGCUCAUGCACCGGGGCAUCUGCCUCUCGUCCACGUGCCCCCACAUCGAGGAGCAGCUUGCCCCGACCCAGCGCUUCGAGCGCUGCAUGCGCAACCUCACGAGUUCGAAGUACGGCCUGAACUCCAAGCUGGUCAAGUUCGAGUACUGCAAGACGAGAGACACGCCACCCCUGGUGCCGAUAGAUGGAGUGGACUUCGGCUUCCUAGCGGUGUGCGUGGUCAUCCUGCUUGGCAACGUGGUGGGGACGUUGUAUGAUGUGUUUAGAGAUCAGAGCAAUAAGCCAAAUCGUUUACUGGUGGCUUGGUCGCUUCGGGCCAACUUCAAACGACUGGCCAAAACAUUUGAGAAUGAUGACACCAAUAUGUCGCGCCUCAACCCAAUCCACGGCACCAAAGCUAUAUUCCUAAUGUUGGUGAUGAUGGCUCACUCGGUCAUCAUCUAUCAUUCUGCGUAUCUCUACAACCCACUUUUCUUGGAAAUUAACCGCCAGCACCCUCUAGCGACGAUCCUGCACAACGGCUCCGUGAUCGUGCAGACCUUCAUCAUCCUGUCCUGCUUCCUCUUCACGUACAACUUCUUGCUGCAUGUGGAGAGUAAUCCGGAGAAGAAGUUCGGAUUUAGAGUCUUCUUCGGCAUUAUUUUGCAUAGAUUGGCCAGGAUAACCCCGAUAUCCCUGUUCAUGGUGGGCUUCACGGCCACCUGGAACCGCUUCGUGUCUGACGGUGCGCUGUGGAGGCCCAUCAUGGAGAAGCAGUGCCAGAGCUGCCGGGAGAAGUGGUGGGCGCAGGCGCUGUAUAUUAACAACUUCUACAAGCCAGACACAAAGUGCUUGUUGCAGACUUGGUUCUUAGCAGUAGACAUGCAGCUGUACGUGCUGGCCGUGAUCAUCACCAUGCUGGUAGUGCGGUGGAAGAAGACCGCUGUGAAGAUACUGGGUGGCCUGGUGAUCACCGCGGUUGUGGCCAACUUCAUUGCCUCGUAUUACUUUGAUUUGAAGGCAAUCGUCUUUGUUACUUAUCCUGAAUUGCUCCGAAACCUCUACGAGGGUGAGCGUUCAUUCAAUUGGCUGUACGCGGCGCCGUGGGGCAGCCUGCCCUGCUCCCUGCUGGGUGUCUUUCUCGGCUUCCUGUACUACCACCUGAAGGCUGAUGACGUCAAAGUUUCCGAGUAUAAGUGGUUCCGCAUAGUAUACCGGUUCACCACCCCGUGCAUGCUGGCGUGGAUCCUGUCGGGGUACUUCCUGCAGGGCGACCGGCCGCGCUUCGUCACGGCGCUGUACGCGGCGCUCGACCGGCCCGUGUUCGGGGCGGUCAUGUGCACCAUGCUGCUGGGCAUGUUCUAUCGGAUUGAUAAUUUCUGGUGGCGCUUCCUUUCGUGGGGCGGUUGGCAGAUCCUGGGCCGCAUGUCACUGUCAGUUCUGAUGACGCACUGGUCCUUCAACCUGUUCCAGAUUGCUAUCCAGAGCAAUUUGAGCAGGAUAUCCUUCUUUGACGUUGCUGGUCAUUGGUACGUGACAAUGUUUGCAACGUACACAGUGUCGUUCCCGAUACAUUUGUUGGUCGAAGUGCCGCUGCAGAAAUUCCUACAAGCUGUUCUAGGAGUAUAAUACUUAGUUUACUUUAACUUUUAGUACUCAUACUAUAGUAUUAUAUUAUACGUGGAUAAGGACUAAGUUAAUGUGAAAUCUAGUGUACAUAUAGUAAGACGGUAUAAUGUAAGUAGGUAUUUAUAAUUAAAGGGUAUAUUAGAUUAGAACGUUACUUACGUAAGAACGGUAGUUGGUACUGCAUUUCAAUUAAAUAAAUACAAACAAAAUUAUUUCUUGGAAAUAAAAAAUUGGUGGCAACUGGUUAAUGGAAAAUAUAAAAUCAAGCAUAUUUUCAUUUUAGUAUAAUUAUUUAUACUUUGUUACCUUUGUAUACCUUUUGACCCAACUGAAUUUUAUAGUAAUUAUAAGAUUUUUUAAAGAAACACACAAUUCAAUAGUUGCACUUUUA